AUGAGUGAACUUGAUUCUAAAGAUUACAGCACCGAUGGUCUUACAUUAUUAUCAGUAUCAAGUAAAUCACCAAAUAUCAUUAUUUCAUCGAAAUGUGUCACAAUCUUCGGAAGUACUGAUGACAAUUAUGCAUUCAGAAUUGCCAAAGAUCUUGUUGAAACAUUCACAUUUCAAAACAAUCCAAAUCUCAGAUAUAUUAAUAGCUAUGCAUUCUACAGCUGCACAAAAUUACGAUCUGUUGAUUUAUCAAUGUGUUCAAAACUUGAAACAUUAGGAAGUUAUUCAUUCUCUAAAUGCUCAUCAGUUACAACAUUCAUUUUACCAGAAGGCUUAAAAUCAAUUGGAUAUUGCGCAAUUAGCGAGCUUAGAAUCACAACAAUCAACAUUCCAUCUACAGUUACAUAUAUUAGCGAUAAUGGAAUUUGCAAUAUGGGAUCUUUAAAGAGUGUCACAUUCUCUAAAGGGUCACAGCUUACAACGUUACUAAGUAAUACUUUUAUUAACACAGGUUUGACAUCAUUUACUUUUCCAGAGAAAUUAUCAAUGGUUCCCGGUCUGACUUUUAGUGGUGUUGGUUCAAUUAAUGAAAUACAUCUUGAUACAGCCAAUAAAAACUUUUUCUGUGAUGACAAAGCUCUAUAUUCAUAUGACAGAACUGUUAUUUAUUAUUUUGCCUCAAAUAUAGGUGGAAGUUAUAAAAUUUUAGAAUCAGUCACAAAAAUAUCUCUUGGAUGUUUUUGCUUUACACAUCUAAAAUCAUUAAUAAUUCCUCAAUCUGUAACAGAAAUUGAAGGUUAUGCAUUUUAUUAUUCAAGUAUUUCAAAUAUCACACUUCCAAGGAUAACAACAAUUGGAGAAUGUACAUUCAUUGGUUCAUCGAUUUCAACUAUAUAUAUUCCAGAUUCAGUUGUAGAAAUCGGAACGAGUGCUUUUGAAGGAUGUUCAAAAUUAAAAAUAUUAAAUUUACCUUCAUCAAUUAAAACUAUCGGAGGUAAUGCAUUGCCUAAUUACGAUGAUGUUCAAAUUUCGUUCUCAGAUAAUCCAAAUCUUUACUUAGAUAAACAGUAUGUAUUAUUUACAGAUCAAAACACAACAAUUUCACAGUUUUUAGGAACUAAAACGGAGAUUACUCUUCCCGGUACAGUCAAAAUCAUUAAAGAGAAGGCGUUCAACGAAAAUAAAAAAAUUGGUAUUGUUUCUUUUGAAGGAGGUUCUAACAUCGAAAAAGUCGAAAGUUCAGCAUUUCAAGGCUGCACAAAUCUAAGUAGAUUUGAUUUUGGAACUAAAAUUAUUGAAAUCCAAAAUAGUGCAUUUGAAAACACUAUUUUGAAUAGUGAGAUUUCAUUCCCAGAAACAAUAACAAAGAUUGGUGAUUCAGCAUUCAAGAAUUGUAAAUUCAUUCCUUCAAUUAGAUUUGAAUCAUUAUCUUCAACGAGAGAACUUAAAUCUUUCUAUAACAAACGAAGUUAUGAAUUAUACAAACAAUUAUAUUCUAGUUCUCCAUUGACCAUCGGCAACGAUGCAUUUUCAUCAUGUUCAUCUAUCAGUGAGAUUGCUAUUUAUCGCGAUACAAGUAUUUCAUUUGGACAAAACACAUUCAGUGGUUUAUUAUCAUUGACUCGCUUUACAUUUUAUAACAACAUCAUUUCUAUUGGCAGUGGUUGUUUCAUGAACAGCGGUCUUCGUCAUGUCGAAUUCCGCGAUAACAUUAUCUGCAACAAUAUUCUUCCAGCAUUCAUCUUUAGUGGCUGUACCAAUCUUACAGAUUUCGAUAUCCCUACUAACUGCGAAACUAUUGACUCAUCAUCACUUAGCGGCACUAGUAUCAUCCAUCUUUCACUUCCCGACCGUGUUCGUACUCUUGGUGACCAAUGUCUCAAAGACUGCCGUGAACUUGUUUCUGUUGACAUCAGCAACAGUAGUUCACUUGAGCGCAUCGGCUAUGGUGUUUUUGACGGGUGCACUAAGUUCUCAGUUGUCUCACCAUUCUCAUCUACACACUUUGUUUUCGACAGUGGUGCCAUCUACAGCAGUGACAAACAUCACAUGCACGUCUACCCUCCAGCAUCAUCACGGUCAUACUUCUAUCUUCUGGACGGUGUCGAAGUUAUUGAAGACAGUGCAUUCAUCGGCUGCAUUCAUCUUGUCAGUGUUCUUCUUCCCGAAGUCAGUCUUGUUCGUAUUGGUUCUAGUUCAUUCAAAGACUGCAUCAAUCUUCGUCAUAUCACUAUCCCAUCUAGCAUUGUCUCUAUUGGUUCCGAUGCAUUCCGAAACUGUCCUCUUCUUGUUUGUGGUGCUCUUAUCCAGAACAAAUCUAACAAGACACUUGUUUCACUUCUUUCAUCUAGUGGUCUUGAACUCGGGAGCACAUCAUUCUGCAAUGGAUUCUCAUGCACAGUCCAUCCACAAUCCACUAUCAAUAUUCCUAUUUCUAAUAUUGCUGUUUUUAUAUUAUUAUAA